AAGAGGCGGCCCAGCUCAGGGCUUCUGGGCGAGGCCAGCCCGGCUGGGAGGAACGGAGCCCGGGAAUCGGAGCGGGGCGAGCCGGGAGGGUGGGCGCUCGGGAAGCGGGGCGGGGCGGGCCGGCAGGAAGUGCCCGGGGUGCUGGGGCUGGAGCCGGGCCGCCCGCACCCUGACCCUCUGAAGGUGGGAGGGCCCGGAGCGCGGCGGGGGUGCCCAGGCGAGCGCCGCGGCGCCUCGGGAGGCUGCGGGUCCCGUCGCUGCGUGAGGAGCCCCGCUGCGGGAGGCCCGGCCCAGCAACCAUGGCCCAUUACAAGGCCGAGCAGGACGACUGGCUGCUCGUCUACCUGAAGUAUUUACUCUUUGUCUUUAACUUCUUCUUCUGGGUGGGUGGGGCCGCCAUCAUGGCCGUGGGCGUCUGGACCCUGGUGGAGAAGAGCGGCUAUCUCAGCGUCCUGGCGUCCAGCACCUUCGCUGCUUCCGCCUAUAUCCUCAUCUUCGCAGGGGCCCUUGUCAUGGUGACGGGCUUCCUGGGCUUCUGCGCCAUCGUCCGGGAGGACAGGAGCUGCCUCUCCACAUACUUCUGCCUGUUGCUGGCGAUCUUCCUCGUGGAGCUGGUGGCAGGGGUCCUGGCCCACAUGUACUACCAGAGGCUCAGUGAUGAACUGAAACAGCACUUGACCCGGACGCUGGCUGAGAACUACAGGCAGCCGGGAGCCGCGGACAUCACAACCUCAGUAGACCGUCUCCAGCAGGAUUUCAAGUGCUGUGGAAGUAACAGCUCCGCCGACUGGCAGCACAGCGCAUACAUCCUGUCUCAGGAGGCCGAGGGCCGCCGGGUGCCAGACAGCUGCUGCAAGACGGUUGUGGCCCGCUGUGGGCAGCGGGCCCAUCCCUCCAACAUCUACAAGGUGGAGGGAGGCUGCGUCAGCAAGCUGGAGCAGUUCCUGGCUGACCACCUGCUGCUCAUGGGGGCAGUGGGCAUCGGGGUGGCCUGUCUGCAGCCAGGAAUGAAUCACAUGGUCACUCUCUUCCCCAGAAAAGAUGAAGGAAAAUGCCUGGGGGCCCGGGGGACAACUUGAACUUGUAAGAGACCUGGGAGGAGUGUGAGUGUGGGCUCAGAUCUGCGGGAUGGUUCUUACCUGUUGCUUGCACCGGAGGCUCCAGCUGCAUUUUUACUAACGGCCGACCGCGUUCCCCUCCGACUGCCCCUCACAAGGACAGGUGCCCAAAUCCCAUCUUCCAGGCCUGCAGAGUCAGCACCAGCUCACCUAGAAACUCCCAGAAACUCCCCCUACUCUUCCCAGCCCCUUUGGAUCCACCAAGUGCCCAAGACUUUGGCUCCUGUGAUUCCCACCCAGGCAGGGGGGACCCAUCCUGUGUGGAAACAACCACCAGCACCACUCACCAGGCCUGGGGAUCCUGUGGACGACAGGAGGGUGAUAAUCAGACCCUCCACUCCCUCCCAGCUCCAGAACCUAGAAUGAAGGUCUGAAAGCCCCCCUGGGAUGCCUGCAUGGGGCACAUGAUCUCCCCACUGGUGCUGAGCACCCCUCUUCUUGUCUCUGCUUGGUGUGUUUUUCUCUACCCACGGGGAAGUGCUUACCGGCGGGAGGAUGGAAGCAGUUAGGGUUGGCUCUACCCCAGAAGAUCCAGCCCUUUGAUCUGCCCGCCCCCACACCUCCUCACCUGGGAGUACCCCGGCGGUCUGGGGUCUGGUUCCUUCCCGCAGGGUCUGGCAGCAGAGAGGCCUGAGGUGAGGCCCCGGAACUGGGGUUGGGCAGCAGCAGGCUGGUGGGGCCACCAGGGCAGGGAGGAAGGCAGGUAAAGUGGCCACACCAGCACAUGCUGCACCAGGACCUUGCAUCCAGCCUAGAAACCUUCCCUGGGAGAGGUACCGCAGAAGACCAUGGCCUUGAGCUCCAGUCUACAGUAAAUGACCCUCAGGGGUCUCCCCUCUAGGGCCUGAUUCUCUGGAAUGCC